UUUAUCUUCUUUCCAGUUCUCCCUAGCCUUCAUUUACGUCUUGUCCUCUCAUCCCAGCGUGUCAUCAGAGAAAGCAGCCAUGAAUCAGAAGGCUGUACUGAUCACUGGUUGUUCUUCUGGUAUUGGAUUGGCACUUGCUGUUCGUCUUGCCAAAGAUGAGAAAAAGAGGUUUAUGGUGUAUGCGACUAUGAUGAAUCUGGCUAAACGUGGAGCUCUGGAGAAGGCAGCCGGUCAUACUUUAGGCAGCACACUGGAGAUCAAGCAGCUCGACGUCUGUGAUGAGAAAUCUAUCAAAGCCUGUCUGGACAGCCUGCCCAUGCGCAGAGUUGACAUUCUCAUUAUGCAUUUAUGCAGAAAUGCCGAAAUGGGAAUGAUUGGCCCCAUUGAGUGUCAGACCAUUGAUGAGAUGAAAUCUGUCCUGGACACCAACUUCUUUGGGCUUGUGCGACUGUUGAAGGAGAUUCUGCCUGAUAUGAAGCAGAGAAAAAGUGGCCACAUAGUGGUUAUCAGCAAUGUAAUGGGGAUUCAGGGUAUUUUGUUUAAUGACAUUUAUGCUGCUUCCAAGUUUGCUGUUGAAGGGUUCUGUGAGAGUCUGGCAGUUCAAGCUCUGAGAUUCAAUCUGAAUAUCAGCCUCAUUGAACCAGGACCCGUCAUCACAGAGUUUGAGCGUAAGGUGUACGAGGAAGGCGUGAAGAUAGACCUCUCCAAAGCUGAUAAAGUGACAGCAGAUAUGUUUACCAACAUCUACUUGAAAAACUACAACCAGAUAUUCCAGAGUCUUGGACAAACUCCAGAGGAUGUCGCAGAGCACACAUUCAAAAUGAUUACAAUGACCAACCCGCCAUUUCGCCAUCAGAUUAACCAUCUGUGCACACACAUGACCAACCUAAAAUAUGCAGAUCCCAGUGGUGACCUUCCCAUUGAAACCUUCUACAAAAUGGUGUUUGAACAUGACAAGGUGUUCAAAACAAGUCUCAAUUUCCUCAAGCUCCUGCGCUGGAGAAGCCGUAACACCUUGUCUUUGGAUAAAGACAAGAAUGCUUCCUAAAGAAUAUACUGCUGGAGACCUGGGGGUAUUCCAGAAAACGAUUUAACAAUUUUGUUAAGCAGUUUGACGGUUCCAAAAAACUGAGGAAAUUGCAUGGUAUUAUGCAGUAUACAGCAAAUUACUCUCUAAACAUAAAUCGUUCUGGAACAGGAUAUGUUCCAGGGUUGGUUUACUUCAGAAAAAUGCCUCUCAGCCUCAUAGAUAUUCAGUGAAUUCUUGCCUUUUUGUUGAGGCGCCAUUGGGCGUGACAGCAAAGAUAAGGCCUGAUAUUAUCAUUUUAAGGCAUUAUAAUACUAAAUAUUUCUAUAUUAUAUAAUUUAUUAAUUAAAAAAAUACAACUAACGUACACAUGAGAUAACAUCACACCACUAUGGAAGUAAAAUGGCUAUCCCUAAAAAAUCUAUAUACAUACUGUAUAUGGCAGGAAAUGUCUAGAUUUGCUCCUUGAUGCAAGAUAAAUGGGUACGGUUCAUUUUAUUACUUUAUAAGUGUUUGUAUGUAUACCAAACUAGAUCAAGCACUUGGCAGCAUCUAAUAGCACUUUAAGAAAUUGAUAAUGCACUUAAUGCACUUUGAGUAGCACUUUACUGUGUAUGUGUAUAUGUGUGUGUCCGUCAUGUAUGAGUAUGCCAUAUUAGAUGCCCUGUUUGCUAACUGCGGCAUUUCUUAUAUGUUGUUGUUUCAUGUAGUGUCUUUUAAAUUAAGUCGAAUCAUGUUUAAAUUAAAUGAUUAGCUGUGUUACUAGGUAUUGUUGAAGACUUCACAGGGGACUAAAAAUGUAAAAUAGCCUGGGGGCUAACUAUGGCAUAUGUACAGUACAUUACUGAAAGCUAUGUUCAUUCAUAUGCACUGUCCCUUUUAAAUAAAUGAAUAAAUAAAUAGCCAUAAUA